GCGCCUCAGGUUGGCCUUGUUGAUGAACCGUAAACACACGGAAACAACGAAAAGAGCUGCCGAUGUUUUGUCAUGACGAAGCUGUAAAGUUUAAUGUUCCCUUUUUCCCUGGGAUUAAAAGUGGCUUGUGUUUAAGGCGAGCAGCGUGUGUGUGAUCAGUCACCAAGGAUUUGUAGUGUUUUGUGGAGUUUUCAGGACGCUACCCUACUGUGUAUCAGGAUGGUGUGUGUGUGGUGUGUGGAGGGUCGGUUGAGGACGUUGACCUUCGCCCUCUGCUCCAUGCUGACCUUUUCCCCAGGUCACGCUUACAUCUACAUUCAUCUCAAUAACAUGAGCUCCUUGCUGUUGGAGGACUGGCCGGCUCUGUUUGGGUCUCCUCUGCCUCCAGGGGGACUGAUGGGCGUUCUGGUGGAGUCUCGUCCUGUGAACGCCUGCGCUCCUAUAGAUCCUCCUCCGGUCCUUCCCACCUCCUCCGACCCCAACAGCACCGUCGGCUUCAUCGUCCUGAUCCGUCGCUACGACUGUAACUUCGAUAUGAAGGUGCUUCACGCUCAGCAGGCUGGAUACAGCGCCGCCAUCGUACACAACGUUUACUCUGAUGCACUACUGAGCAUGAACUACAGCAACGAGACAAUAGCUGAUGAGAUCGAGAUCCCGUCCGUGUUCACCAGUUAUUACGCCUCCAAGAUCCUCCGCAGUUCCAUGAGUCCAGACCAAAGGGUCUACGUCAUCCUGAAGCCUGAUUUCUCCUUCCCCAUCACCUUCUACCUCAUCCCCUUCACCGGCAUCGUGGGGCUGAUCAUCAUCGUCAUGGUGGUUAUACUGGUGGUGCGCUGUGUGCACUACAGGAAAAGACUAAGGAAGAACAGACUGACGAAAGAGCAGCUGAAGAAAAUCCCCAUUCACAAGUUCACUAAGGGUGAUGAGUAUGAUGUGUGUGCAAUCUGUCUGGAUGAAUAUGAAGAGGGGGACAAGCUUCGGGUGCUUCCAUGUUCACACGCCUAUCACAGCAAGUGUGUGGACCCAUGGCUAACACAGACCAAGAAAACGUGCCCAGUGUGCAAGCAGCGAGUGACGCGCACCAAUCCUGAGUAUUCCGACUCUUCUGACUCUGAGGAGGAGGCGGGGCCUCACACAGGUGAUGACAGAGAGGGCGGGGCUUCAGGCGAAGAGCAGUCGGAACGCACACCUUUGCUACACCAAUCUCCUCCGACCUCGGGCACCUACGAGGCCACAGUUGCCACGGUGACGACCUCAGCGCAGUGCCUGCCUCAGCAUGACUCGCCAUUGCUAGGAUACAACGGUUAUUACUCCCCCAUGGAGGGUUCUGAGGAGGACAUGGAGGAAACGGAGGACGACGACGAAGAAGACGACGACACGGCACAGCUGAUUGGGCGCGGAGCUGUCAGGGUCUGAGUGCAAAGCAUCAUGGGAAGGAAGGAGAAUUUGAAUCAUGAGCUUAUCAGGCUUUCUUUUGUUCUUUUUAAUUUUAUCCUAGUUUUUGAGCUAGUUCAUAUAAUGUAAUGUUACAGCAAUGUAAAAGCUGUAUAUUUAGAUCUAGGAUGUGAACCAGCGCCCCCUGGAGGAAAGACUCCCCUCAGGACACGCUGCUACAGCGGGAAGGAGCCGUAGUUUGGAGCUGGGAUCUGUUUGAGAACAGCAGCGGAGUUUAACGACGGUUUUAAGAUCGUAAUGUUUGUACACAGAGAUUAUUGUGCAAUAAGGACGGUUUGUUUCUUUUAAUGUGUGUGUGCGUGUGUGUGUGUGUGUGUUUAAGUAACGUCACUAGGAACAUUCCAGAACAUUCGCUCUGUGUCUAAUCAGGCUACAGGAUAUGGACAAAAACAACAAAUAACAUGUGACUAGAUUAAUAUGUAAUGGUGACUGACAUUUGCCUUGUAAUCUAACAGACACGGAGCCACAGAGAGCUGCAUUAAUCAACUGGACCUAAAUAAUCUUAGGGUGUGUUGAGCAGACGGCGUGUGUGUGUCGAGCAGACGGCGUGUGUGUGUCGAGCAGACGGCGUGUGUGUGUCGAGCAGACGGCGUGUGUGUGUUGAGCAGACGGCGUGUGUGUGUUGAGCAGACGGCGUGUGUGUCGAGCCGACGGCGUGUGUGUGUUGAGCCGACGGCGUGUGGGUGUUGAGCCGACGGCGUGUGUGUUGAGCAGAUGGUGUGUGUUGAGCCGACGGCGUAUAUGUGUUGAGCAGACGGCGUGUGUGUUGAUCUGACGGUGUGUGUGUUGAGCAGCAACAUGAUCUGUUUAUUUAUUUUGGGGUCUAUUUCCCUUUAAUAUUGUUAAGAGUACACACUCUCACACACACACUCUCACACACACACACUCACACACACACACUCUCACACACACUCUCACACACACACACACUCUCACACACACUCACAUACACACACUCACACACACACACACUCUCACACACACUCUCACACACACACUCUCAUUCUCUCACACACACUCUCACAAACUAUCUCUCUCUCUCUCU